GUGGCUGCCCAAAAUCUUCGACGAAUAGUGAAAAAAUGGGAGGGCACGAGUGAGCUGCGUGAUGUCCUCUCCGAAGGUAGGCUGCAGCGUGUGUUUAUUGAUGAGAUGAAAGAAGAUGGAAGUGAGAAAUGAAACAAAGUAAGGGACAAUAUUAAUAAACCCAGUCCUUACCGGGGGAAACAAGGGAAGCGCUGUUGCCACUGGAGAAGAAAGACCUUUAGAGCAGCAGUUCCCAUUCACUUUCAUUAAAUGGUAAAGAGUGGCCAGGAUAUUCUUCAAAAAUUCACCUGUGUUCCAUGGAAAAAGGAAAGUCUUAGAAGUGCGGAAUGACAUGAGGGACGAUAUUGAAGAUUCUGCGUGAGGUUAGAUUGUGGCCGCAUCGAAAUGAAAUGAGUGGCUAACAAAUGACCUGUGCCGCUGCACCACCACCACCAGCAACCUGUAGCAUCUAACCAGUGCCUCUUCACCAGCCUGAUACACAAAUACACCCACAUACACACAAUUACCAACAGAGCACCAUCAGACUGUGACAUCAGGUGCAAGGGGAUGACCGAACGCAUUCACCACAUUAAUCUCCACAACUUUAGCAAUUCUGUACUUGAGACCCUCAAUGAGCAGCGAAACCGCGGGCACUUCUGUGACGUGACCGUUCGGAUCCAUGGUAGCAUGCUGCGAGCUCACCGUUGUGUGCUGGCUGCAGGGAGCCCCUUCUUUCAGGACAAGUUGCUCCUGGGCUACAGCGACAUCGAGAUCCCCUCUGUGGUUUCCGUACAGUCCAUCCAGAAGCUGAUCGAAUUUAUGUACAGCGGUGUGCUGCGGGUCUCCCAGUCUGAGGCCCUGCAGAUCCUCACAGCUGCCAGCAUUCUUCAAAUCAAAACAGUUAUUGAUGAGUGCACCCGCAUUGUUUCGCAGAAUGUUGGCGGCAUUUCUGGAUCUGCCAGCUUCCCUGGCAUCCCGGGCGAUUCGGGGCAAGAAACGCCACGGGGAACUCCAGAGUCUGGCACCUCCGGUCCCAGUAGUGACGCCGAAUCAGGCUACAUGCAAACAACAUCACACCAGAGCCUUGACCGCAUUUAUUCCACGCUUUAUUCCAGCUGUUCUGGGUUGGGCCUGCAGAAUGGUACCCGGGGAAACCGCUCCCACUAUGCCAGUGCUGUUGUGACAGCCAACUACGACUCACCCCUUCCACUAAAUCAAAAGGAGGGAGGGCAGGACCCUGCCUGGAUUACACGCAUUCACGAGCAUUCCCAACAGAUGGAACGCUUCCUGGCCACGUCAGAGAGUACACACUGCCGCAAACAGCCUCGACCUGUGAGGCUCCAGACAGGUGACAUUCACAUCAAGCAAGAACAAGGGGAUGAGUACAACUGUUAUGGGCUCGAGAACUGUCGUGAGGACCAUGAACAGCCAGUGUGCACUGAAAGUGAACCCAAAGGUGAGAGCUUUGACUCUGGUGUCAGUUCCUCCAUUGGCACUGAGCCUGAUUCUGUUGAGCAAACAUUCUUGUCUGGGUUCACUCGGGAAAAUUGUCAAAAUAAAUGCCAACAAGGUGAUGGUGGAACUCCGGUGCAGAUCGAGGUCAACGACUCAUCUCCUGAGCAGACCCAUGAGGCGGUUGAAGAUGGUAGUGGAAAUGGUCCUGUGCAAGAAGGGGGUGAACUAGGUAUCCAUCAGCCGCUUCAUGCCAACCUAGCUGCACCCCAGUCCGUGCCAGGUGGGCAACUGUACAUACGGCCAGGUGAGCCACUUACCAGCAACCUGCGCAUGCCCCUCACCUUGACCAGCAACACGCAGGUAAUGGGAACUGCAGGCAACACUUACUUGCCCACACUCUUUGCCACGCAGUCAGGCAACGACAACAAGCCUUUCCUCUUCAGUCUGCCCCAAUCCAUGGGGAAUCAGCAGCCCCAGUUUGUGGCAGUGCCCUCUCCCAGCAUGCCCCCGUUCCCCAGUGGGCUGUCAGUGCCACCAGGUGGAGGUCAACAGCAAGGUGGUGCGGCAGUGGGACAGCAUGGGGAGAAGAAGCCCUACGCGUGUACUCUCUGUUGUAAGACCUUUACUGCCAAACAAAACUACGUGAAACACAUGUUUGUGCACACUGGUGAAAAACCGCACCAGUGCAGUAUCUGCUGGCGUUCAUUUUCGCUGAAGGAUUAUCUUAUCAAACACAUGGUUACGCACACGGGCGUCCGAGCUUACCAGUGCAGCAUCUGCAACAAACGCUUCACACAGAAGAGCUCACUCAACGUCCACAUGCGCUUGCACCGCGGAGAAAAGUCCUACGAGUGCUACAUCUGCAAGAAGAAGUUCUCCCAUAAAACCUUGCUCGAGCGCCACAUGGCCCUGCACAGCACUGGAACGGGGGUCUCCGGGGUCAGUGCCACGGGAAACACCGGUGGCCCCGCAUCCAUCCCGGUUCCGAUGGCCGUUCCAGAGCCAGGAGCAGGAGUGGUGGCUCUCGCCAUGCCGGUGGGUGCGGGCGGAGUAGGGGGCGGAGUCGGAAGCACCGGAGUGGGCGUUGCUGCAGAAGCAAGUUGCCAGGAGGGGACCACCUACAUGUGCUCCGUGUGCCCAGUCAAGUUUGACCAAAUCGAGCACUUCAAUGACCACAUGCGCAAGCAUGUCUCCGACGGAUAAGUACAAAUAAAAAAAAACUUGCGUACACAUGAAAAGAAUGAAAUGAUAAAGAAAACGGCACUAGAUUUUUUUUUCUUAUAUUGGGGCAUGAAGAGUAAUGAGUAUAGACACUGGCACAUUAAGUUUUCUAGAAAAAGAAGCGUUUAAUUUUUUUUUCUUUUUUUUGUCCAUGCUAUUCUUAAAGAAUUAAAAAGAUGGUGGCCUUAAGGCUGUGUAGUUGGAAAAUGAUCCACUGGCUGGAUCCAUACUACUGGCCUCUAAAUAUGUAUGCUUUCCUUAAAAUACUGAUUUAUGUGUUGAACACUACCGAAAGGCCUGCGAAAGAACACACAAACACACACACAAGAAAGAAAAGAUUCACAUGCACAGAUACACUUACACACAUACACAAAAACAAAUACACACACCCAUGCAUGCACUCACACAUACAAACUUCUUAUACACCCUUAUAUAUGGUAGAGGUAUUUUGUACGUAUGUGUAUUUGUGCAUGUGAGCGUGUGUGCACAAAAAAUUGCAGUGAAUUUUUUUAACUUGUAAAUCUUUUCCCAUGUAGACCGUAUUGGACACUAUAAGCGUCCAAGCUUACUGUGGUAUAUAUAUAUUAAAAAAAAAAAUUAAAAAAAAAAAGUAAUUUGGCUCUAGAUUUAUUCUAAAGAAAUGAUGGUCACGUGUUUGCCUUUAUCGUGCGAUAGGAAUAGGAGAGUUGUUCAAUUUGACACUGGGUUUUUAUUUAUUAUUAUGGCAAUGAGGAUGAUGAUGAUGAUGUUGUUGUUGUUGUUGUUGUAAAGGUACAAGCCAGUUUUAAUAACUGUAUUAAAAUGGGAAUUUUUGGGAGUGGUUUUGUGAACGAUUAUGAAUAUGAUUUUUUUUCCCCACCACGCUUUUUUUUUAAGGUCAAGUUUACAAAAAAAAAAUGUUUAUUAAUGACAGUAUUUGAGCAAAAACUAUGAAUGCCGUUAAGAAUUUCCAAUUUGUUUUGCAUACACUGCCACUAAGACGACUGUUAGUUGACCUCUUCCACUUCAUAACAAAAUGUAAUACAAAGUUCCUUUUUACUUUUAGACAAUUCUUUUCAUGUGUUCCGUGAUUUUUGUUUAAAAACAAAAGAAGGCAAGGAAAAUGGCAGAUUUUGUAUGCAAACAGUCCCAGAACCCAAGUUAAUUGCUGCUCCUCACAAGCUCACUUGGAGAAUGUUGUCAGCUGUAGAAUCCAACAUGAUGUGGAUAUUUCUAAUAUUACUAUUAUUAUUAUUUGUUAGUGACAUGGAAAUGUUAAGCUAUUUAGGGCCAUUGGCUAGGUUAGAUCAAAAGUGAGCUGGACAGAAAUAACCUCCUAAAGGAGUAAAAACUCUGUAUUUCCUGUCAUUGGUGACUACUGUGACUCAGCUGUUUGGGCCGGUGAGGUGAUUCAAAUGCACUACUCCUGUUCCUACAGCCCCACCUAGUGGCUCAAACAGCCGUCAGUGUUUUGUUGCCUGACGAGACGUACAGAGGGCGCUAAGAGAGACAGAAUGAAAUAGGGACACAAGGCAACAGAAACAUCUACUGAACCACAAUAAAAUAAACACGGUCAUUCAUUUUUUAUAUACCACAUAUUUUCAGAGAAAUCUUUUCAGACAAUAAGAAACAUUCCCAAAUGUAUCACCAUAUAGACAUUGUGUGUGUCGAAUGUUUUUUGGAAGUGAGGAAAGAAGGUUUGUAAUUUUGGUGUUCCGUCACUCAAAAGUUCUGUGUUCAUAUUUGGCUUUAUUGUACACUUAUUUUAUGGAUAUGAAAGACUCAUCUGCCGUGCAACUGCAAUCUGGCAAUUUGCUCACUUAUUUGAACAGAAACACCUUUGUAGUGUAGUUCAAAUGAUGACGAAACAUACACAAUCACACAAUUUAUUCACAAUUAAUUUUGGUCGAAUAAGUUGUAGGUUUUUUAAAAGAAAAACAGUGCUCCUUUGCACAUUUACUUCAAAAUCCUGUGCUUAAACAUGAAUUGUUUUACUUAAGAAAUGAAAUUCUAUGAUUUUCAUUUUUUGUUUUUUCAUUGUUUAUAAAGGAAAUAUCUUUCUUAAAAGCUUGAUAAGAAGACUGCAUUUUUUUUUUUCUUGCAUAUAUGUUGCACUGCUUAAACCAAUAAGUGCACUACUGUUACCAGAGAUGUUCUAGUUUUAGAGAUAACCAUUUUUUAUUAUCAAAUAUUUGGUUCUAUAGUACAAUUGUGUUUGAGUAGUUUUGUUCCUUUUUUUGAUUAUAGAUAAAAUUAAAUUUCUUGGCUUUGUUAUCAUCACUUGCUAUUGUAUUUACUUUGUGCUCUUUAUGCAAGCAUAUUUUUUUUGUUUGUUUAUUUAUAUUCAAACCAUUGUGAGAAACUAUGUCAGAACCUUAUGAUGCCCCCCAAUCCAUCCCUCCAACACCCCCCAGCGCUGUUAAUUAAUUAAAGCAAAUAUUCCGUUCUCUUCUCAUUCAUAAAGCAUUCAUACCCAACUAAAUCAAAAAAACUUCAAAAAUCUAAUAAAAAUAAAAAAAAUUAUUGUAGUGUGUGCCUAAAUAUAUGAUUCAUGUGUUUUAGAACAAGAACGUUUCUUUGAGAGGGUCGUUGUGCAAAGCUUUUAGUGCUAUGUAGGGAUCGUGUGUGUGUGUGCGUGCGUGCGUGCAACAUGUUUGUGUGUGUAUAUUCCUCUGGUAUGUUUCAAUUUGUGCGUUGUACGAUUUGUGAUGCCUGAACUGUAGGGCUUCCUUUGCAAUAUGCAGUACAGGUACAGCAACAGUGACAACAUGUUAUCUUACAGACUUGGGAGUGCAUUUGGUAACUUUCUCAAGAACAAUCAUUGCUAUUUUCCCCUCACAUAAAUAACAAGAGGAAAAUUAUGCUCUUGCUUUAAGCCUGGCUAAUAUGAUCCAGCGUAACCCAAAUGAUGCGCCAGUGUGUGAUUUCAACAAAUAUAGGCCUCUUCUCAACCAUGCUGAAUCUUCUGCAGUACACUUCUGUGCUUUGAGACCAAACAUCACUUUUUACUCAACUAUGCUGCAAAGCUUGGCCACAGGCUGUGAUGUAUCUGUCCGAGGUGUUGCCUUAGACUAGGAUAUGUGUUUGUUUGUCUGUUCUCUCAUUUGGAAUUAUUUUCAGAUAUUCAAAUCAAGUUUUUGUCCGCUUCUUUAGAAGAACUGCUCCUGGUGCUACAGCGUAGGCCCUUGGUGUACCAAACGGUUGUGUUAAGUAGUAAAAAGGGAUAUGUUUUGUGUUGGUCACAUUUAUUAGGUUUUGAUAAUGGAGAUUUUGGGUGGUGGUUCUUGUGGUGGUUCUGGUGGUGGUGGUGGUGGUUGUGUCUGUAUUCUAAUCUCUUCCAUUUUUAAUCGUGGCCAUAGUUGAUAUCAUCCAACAUUGUUUGUGAGACCUGCCUUUAUCGGCCAAUCAAAGGGUGCUUUUUGUCAGAAAUGGAAAAUUAAUAAUAAUGAGCAUUAUCUAAAGAAUUACAAAAUUAUUUAAAAGAUAUUCAGACAGUGUACAGUGGGGUUCAAAAGCCUGAGACCAUAUUGAAGCGCAAAAAAUACUCUGGAUAACAUGGAUCAACAACUAAGAAAUUCUGAAACUUGUGUUCAUAUUUCUGUACAUUUUUUCACUCUAAUGGUGAUGCUUGCUAAUCAAAUUUAGAAUGCAUUUUUUUAUUAAAUUACAACAAUGCUAAACAGAAGCAUUUUUCACUACUGGUCUCAAACU